UUAACACCCCUUCCCCCAGGAACACUGCCUCACUCAAUCUCACCACCGGCACACUUCUAUGUCAUUUCCCGAGUUCUCUCUGCGCCUCCAACAUGGCAUCACCGGAGGCUUCGCGCCUCCCACACCGAAUGCGAUAUAUACCAUCACUGGAAUACCUUCUCAAGGAUUGCUGAACAUCACCGGCGCAGUGCGACCGGACGGGACUCCAUCCCUCCAGGAGGUUCACCCCAAGUCUCUCUCAGCCACGGAUGUGAACAACGCCGCCCUUCUGGGCGAGCUCCACGAGAUCCUCAAAUCGAUCCCCACAGAGCACCCUCCCGGCAGCGAGGACAUCUACGGAAUGGACACGAGCAUCGCGUAUGGGAGCGAGGACUUGAUGUGGAUGAACGGUGGGCCGCAGGGAUGUGGCGGUGGGGUCAGCGAAACUCAGGCUACAGACGAAGACAAGGCUAAGUUCAAGAGGGCGGUGCAGAUUGUGGAGGAAUUGGUUGGAAAGGCCAAUUGAAGUGCUCUGGAAGGUCGAUGGAUGUGUGUUCACAUACAUGGCCGUGAUGAUCAUAACGAUCAUGACGAUACACUGACUCAGGCGUACAGGAUCAUGUGUAACUGAUGUACCAUAUAUACCAUUAUCGUGUUUGGGGAUUUAUGUGAAUAUGUGUCAUGCUUCAGCUGCAACCUUGUUACACAGCACCUGUGAAUUCGUACCAAACUGUAAGGCAUCCUAGCCCUCCCGUUCUCCCUGUUUCUGCCCAUCGGAAGUAUGUCCUCCCACCACAUUUCCGCUCUCCCGUACUAAACUCUCCCG